AUGUCUGUACAACUGCCAUCAGAGAUGAAAUACGCAAUCAGCGAACGUUCUGCAAAAUUUAACAUUCAGAAUUUUGCUUCACUUGUAUAUGCUGAAGUUCCAAUUCAGGAGAUUGCUGGAUUUUCAUGGAAACUAGCAGCACUGACUGAGUGUUCGAGUCAGACUGAUUACGAGAAAUAUUUAAACUUUCGGAUAGAGUGUAAUGAUGGUAGUAAAACGAGCGGUUGGAACUGUUAUACACAUAUAACACUUCGUUUAAUGUCUAAGAAUGAGAUGUGCGGUAGAACGUACGACCACGCAUUUGAUGAAAAAUCGACCAGCUGGAGUACUUCAAAAUUUAUCUCGUGGAGUCAAGUUACAGAUCCGAGUAAAGGAUAUAUUUGUAAUAACGAAGUCACUGUAGAAGCUAAAAUUGAAGUUAGAAACGCCAGCACUUUUAGAAAAUCGAAAGAAUCAAUGAGUAAUAACGAACUUACUAGUACAGCAUUUAAAUCAUCAAAUGGCGAGUAUGUAGUUGGCGAGUGUACUAUUGAACUUCCUAUUCAAAAUUUCGACUCACUGGAGCAGACAGAGUCGUCAGCGGUUUCUUAUUUUGCGGGUUUUCCAUGGAGGUUAUUAGUGCAACCUCGGCAUUCUGUAAGCACUAAUACUGGUGACGUAGAGAAGCAGCUAAAUGCUCUUGUGGAGUGCAAUACGGAUGAUAAAUCAAAUUCUUGGAAUUGUCAUGCUGUCGUACAAUUUCGAUUAUUGCAUCAAAAUGACAAUGCUUUCGAUUGCAUUACAACGUUAGUGCACAACUUCAAUGCAAAGUCACACAACAUAUCAUUUCCAAAAUUUAUUAAAUGGAAUGAUAUAUUUAGUAAAGGAUAUAUUCGCGAUGGAAAAGCAGUUAUUAAAGCUCAUAUUACAGUUAUCCAAUCUACUGGUUCUCGAAUUCCAACAGCUUCCUGCCGCGACGAUUUUAUUAAACUGACUAUCCCAAUUUCAAGAGGUCCAAUUGAAGUGAUGUCAUCAAUUCGUUUUAUUAGCAAUCUUCCAUGGAAACUAUCAGCGUGGACUAGUAGUUUUCACAGCCCGAAGCAGCUCAAUGUUUGUGUUCACUGUAAUACAGAAAGUGAAUCAAAUCUGUGGGGUUGUAAUGCCACUGUAGAGAUUAGACUAACAUUGCAAGAAGAGAAACCUCGCAGGUUUACUAAACAGCAAACGCAUAAGUUUAAUAAGAGAAAUAAUACUUUGGAUUUUCGCAACCUUGUGGAACUGGUUAAAUUUUCUGAUGGAAGCGAACAGUAUGUUCAUGAUGAAGAAAUCACUGUCGAGGCACGAAUUUCUGUUCAAAAAACUGUUGGUGUUAGGUAA